AUGCCUCCUAAAACAAGCGGUAAAGCUGUGAAAAAGUCGGGCAAGGCUCAAAAGAACAUCACCAAGUCCGACAAAAAAGGACGUAAGAAGAAGAGGAAGGAAAGUUACGCCAUCUACAUCUACAAAGUUUUGAAACAAGUUCAUCCUGAUACUGGAGUCUCCAGUAAAGCCAUGAGUAUCAUGAACAGUUUCGUCAACGACAUCUUUGAACGUAUUGCGGCUGAAGCUUCCAGACUCGCGCAUUACAACAAGCGUUCUACCAUCACAUCCCGGGAGAUUCAAACUGCAGUCCGUCUACUAUUACCCGGUGAAUUGGCCAAGCACGCAGUCAGUGAAGGAACCAAAGCUGUCACUAAAUACACUAGCUCCAAGUAAACUUUCCAAUCCCUCAAUAAACCAAACGGCCCUUUUCAGGGCCACCAAAUUUUUCAAAACGUAUAAAUGCUUAUCAAGUUGAUUAUUCCCGAGUAAAUACCUUAAUAAAAAAAUUUUCAUGCAACAUUUCGCUACAUAAGACAAUUUUAACCUAUGCUUCAAACGUUACACGUAUUCGAUAUGAACUUAGCUAUAGUAUUUAUCUAUUCUGCUAAAAAUUUUCAUAUCACCAAUUUCUAACCUAAACUAAUAACUGGGCCGUCAAUUAUGUAACCAAUGCUACUUGAGGAGUUUCUGAGACUCAUUUUUAAAUCGGUAUGGAACAAAAAUUGAAAUCCUAUAAAAGCCAAAUAAACCAGACGUUUACUUCAUUAAAAUGGUCAUUUAAAUUGU